AUGGAAAAAAUUAGUGAUGCUUGCAAAGCUGGUGCUGAAAAAGUAAAAGAAAUGGUUUCUGGUUCAAGUAAAGAAGCUAACAAAGAAAUUGCUAAAGAUUCAAAUCAAAGUAUAGGUACUCGAGCAGAAGCUGCUGUUGAUGCUGCAAGCGAUAAAUUACAUGAAACAAAACAUGCAGCUCAAAAAGAAUCAUACAAACAACAGGCAAUACAUUAA